GUUAUUACAACAUCAUUUGUUCCUUGUACUCUAUUGUACUCGUCGUCCUUGAGGGCAAACUCUCUUCUUCGGCCACCUGGUGGUCAAGAUGUCAACAAGAGGAUUACCGGAACAUUCACUACCUAUUCCUACACACCACGACGUUGUCAGCGGGGCCUACAACAUUUCCUUGAACUUGAGCUCUAUCGGUUCCACCCUACUAUCGAUUCCCACUCGUCUCCUAGCGAAAAUACGGAAAGUAGACGAUAUGCUUCCUGAAGAUGCACCUAUCGCUGAAGCUGUUACCUGGACGUCGACCGCCGCCGCCGCGAGCAAGCCGAGUAUAUCAUCCUUAACAGCACAGUCGUUCCCCGGCCCUUGGGCGUUCUUCACAUCGGCUUAUAUGCUGGGCUUGUUCGCUAUGGCCAUCCUGAUGCAUCGCAUCCAGAACAUCGUUGUUCCCACCCGAUUUCCCAACGCCUCUCAGCUUAACCCUCAAAGGAGACGACAUUCAUCCCUAAUACGAGGUUUCUACAAUGCCCUUCUUCCGUUGGACGUUUCUCGGACAAGCACACGACUCGCCCUCCAUAUUCCGUCCUUAUAUUAUAUGUGCAAGAUGCUAUUAAUGUGGUCCCUCCUUCUCCUCAAAAGUGCCGAUCUGUGUCCCGAAUACGAGUCCGGAACCAUGCAUGACCUCCUCCUAUGGAGCCAACAAAAAGAGAUGAACCAGAUUGCCUGGUCCACCUUUUGCGCCGUGUGUGCUGCGUUCUGUGUCGAGGGUUUCGUAAAGGGUCUCGAUGGAGUCGGAGUUGGCAUUGGGGCACAUAUGCAAGCGAACAGUUCACCUUUCAAUCUGGUCGGCUACGCCUUUCUUCUCCACAUUUAUUCUUCGCCGAUCACGCACGUCAGCAAACCGGAAGGUCUGCCUUCAAGACCCGACAAGCAUGUGAUAUUCACCAUCGCGAUUCCUCUCCUCCAGCUCACGGUUUUCCAUGUCCUUUCGAUCCGAAAGCGAUGGUCGACCCACCGCCUCAUUCCGACUGCCCUUUCAUCUAUCCUUUCGCUCAUCCAUUUCCAUACUACGUUAUUGAUGCAUUCCUACUCAUCUGCGCCCUUCCAUUCCUCGGAAAAAGAUACCCUCUCCUCAUACUCUAGCCCAAAUGGCACCGCCAACUAUCCCCUGCUCAACUAUAUACCCAACCUGUUCGAGACUAUGCUUCUGAUAACUAUAUUCCUCACAAUAUCGCUUAAUUGCCUUACUCAGCUCGUGCUCACGGGGAGCGUUACUAGGCCGUUAUUAGGUCUCGGUCUCGCCGGACGAAGUACCAGUGCCUGGUCAUGGUCUCCCAACUGGGACGAAGACUUUGGCGUGCUCAUCUUGCGCGUUGGUACCGCGAGUUUGGAAGCCACUGGGCUGCGCGGAUGGGGUAAUGAAAUGGGAACUGUCGUUGCACCCAGACGAAACAUUCAUUUCCGUGAAAUCGAGUAUGGGACUUUGGAGAUGAGCAGGUCCGGCGCGGUAACCGUAGUCCCUGGAUCAGUUGCGGUCCCAUCAUCAGGAAGGAAUAGGAACAAGAGACGUACCAUGUGGGGAUGGAAGAAUGAGAUUAGAGUCGUGCACGUUCGAGAAGAGGAAACACCCUCAGGAGGAAGCCUGGGUAUCCCUGGCGUAAUUGGUGUGAGCCGGCUGUGGUUGAGAGAAGCGUGGAGAUAUGUGAGAGGUAUCUUCAACGUGGGCCGGACCGCUUCUACAAUGUUUUGGGGUAUUUUCCGGGGACGGAAAGCGAGUCCUGUGUGGAUGGUAUCACCUCGCCGACAUCCCGGAAUCAUACAGGACCCUCGUAUGGGAGAAACCAUUAACGACGAGGACGACGAGGAAGAUCUGUAUGAUAGGUUUGUGCAAGGUGACGAACUUGGUGAUGACGACGACGACGACGACGAAUGGAACGACGACGAAGCUACUUCGCUGUCUUCAGAUGAAGAGGAUGAGGACGAGGGGGACGAAGAGAGAGAUAGAGAGGCCCUUGCAUUGUAUGCCGAUUUACGUGAGAGAGAGUCAACGCCGGGAGUUUCGUCGUCGACGCUCUUAGCACACAUGAUACAUACCGGCGGGUCUCCUCUAACCCGACGACGAUACGACUCAUUACUGGACGGAGAAACGUCUGUUCAUUACAGAAUCCAAGCAGAUCUCAGUCCGAGCGCCUCUAGCACUGCAAAGAGCGACGAUUUCUCGGCCUACGAUGACCCUAGACAGAACUGUGUCAUUUGCACCACCGAAGCCCGCGAAAUUAUCUGCUGGCCUUGCAGGUGUCUUUCGAUGUGCGAUAACUGCCGAGAGAGCCUGGCGUCGCGUUCCUCUUCCUCUAAACACCGCUGUCCUUGUUGUCGACGAAACGUGGAAGGUUAUUCAAGAAUUUUUAUUCCUUAGCUCUCAUUCAAUUGUAUUAUUUUUACAACGGCCUCUAUCUAUCUCGGAAUGUAUAUCGCUUUCGUACUUCAGCAAUGUAAUGGUUUGUCGGCGCGGUAAAAGCUGCUUCUAUUCUUCCUUCCCGUUGUCCUUGGUCGUUCUUCAGAACAUCUUACUGUGCACUUCCAAUGCCCACUGCGGGCCAUUGCCAAUACAAGCGCGGGCCGGGUCGCUAACUCUGGCACGUGUACUUCUCACCCUUGUUCGUACCUUGUCUUCUUGUUCCCAUUUACGACUUCUGGAAGUUCUUUUUGC